AUGGAGCCCGACCGACCCUUCCAGUGCCCCGUUGACGGCUGCAACAAGCGCUUCAAGCGCAAGUUUACCUUGAGUGAACACCAAAAGACGCAUCUGGGACUGCGGCCAUUUGUCUGCGUCGAGCCCAACUGCGGCAAGCGCUUUAGCACAUCUGGUAAUCUUGUGCGCCACUCGCACACGCACCGCCUCGACAAGCCGUUCGUCUGCGCCUGGAACGCGUGUGCCAAGCGGUUUUGCUCGCGCGAGAAGCUCGUGCGGCACCUCACGACGCACGUCGGCUUGCGGUCAUAUGCCUGCCAUGUCUGCGGUCAGUCCUUCUCGACGUCGGGCAACCUGGCGCGACAUAUCAAGACACAAGCCCAUGCGAGCUCGCAAGUCGAUGCGAUCGCGAGCUCUACGUGGAUGGAUCUGAGCCAGCUUUUUCUCCGGGACGAGCCUCCGAUGGCAAAGACCAAGAAGCGCAGUCGCGUGGCCGACGAGAUCGCAAUGCCGCGCUUGCCGUUGGACCUCGAGCCGAUUCCAGUGCUGCAGUUUCGCUCCGUCGAGCCGUGGAGCGACGCAUGGAGCCGUGACGGACUCUGUUGUGCAAUGACUGCAGGAGAUGCAUAG